CGUGGCAGCAAGGAUAAUUCAAAUUUAUUUACCAGGAUAAUUCGAAAAUAUAUCAAAAAAGGUAAUCAAAAACCAUGCAAUUUUAAAUGUGUUGCAGCGAAAAUAAUAUGAAAUAUCAACAAGUACACGUAAAUAUUUGGAAAAUGUUUUACACGGCUGGAACUUAUUUAAUCUUGGCUGCGGCCGUAUGGCUUUUAUUAAAAUUAAUACAAGCAUGUUUUUGGUUACCAAAUACUUUGAAAAAACAACGUGCUGAUAUGGAAGCCAUGAUGAAUAAUUUACCGAAAGAGUAUCGUGAUAUGGCCAAAGAAAUUCAAGCGGAAAUGGAGGAGAAAGAGAAAAAUGGCGAGAAUAUGAUUGAAGAAUUAUCAUCGGACAAUGAAGACGAACCGAAAAAAGUCAAAUGAAUUCUUUUUUUAAAUUAUAUAGUUCAAAUCGUCGGAUAAUCGGAGCUAAAAUUUAUGAAAUUUUAUUUCGUAUCAAUGAUUGGGUAUCGACGCAUAAAUUUUAUAUAAAUGGGCACUUGCUAAUAUAUAUAAUUAUUUACAAAUUAUAUAGACUCAUACAAUUUUUUACAAAUCGAUAAAAUACUUCAUCGAUAAAAAACAAUUCGAAUUAAAUUCUUUGAUGUAUAAUAUGUUCCUUAUAAGCACUUUAAUUAUGAAUAAAUUAUUUCGCUUAG